UUCCGUCAAAAUCAAAUUCAAUAACACGAAAAAAGAUGUCAAGUGGACUAUUUUCCCACUGUGUAUAUUUUACGAUGUUUUUUUCCAAUUUGUGAUAUUAUUAUGACUUGAAGAAAUAAUAAUGUACAGGCAGCUUCACUAUUUUGGAUUGUUUCUUUUUAUAUUAUCAGUUAUUUACGUGGCUAAGUCAGUUUUGAGACAUUUAUUUGAAGACGAAAGCUCGCAAGUGGACGAGUGGCUCGAUCAAAAUGAUCUUGGAGACUACAAGAAGUUAUUUAAGGAACAUGGUAUAUCGACGCUGUCAGGGUGUGGUAGCCCCGAGGCGCUGGAGCGGCUGCCGGAGAUGCCGGCGGCGGAGGAGCGGCGGCUGCGGCGCGCGGCGUUACUGCUGCAGCAGCGACUCGUGCUGCGCCAGUGGCUCGUAACCCACCGCCUUCAGCACGCAUACUCUAAACUGCUUAGUCUAGACGUAUGCUCGCUUGAAGACGUGUACUGGUUGGAGGACUCCACGGCGCGCCACGUGAUCGACCCCAAGGACUUCAGCGCGUGGUGUGCCGCCCGCCAGAGCUUACCUACUGGCAAGGAGGCCCUGGUCAGCCUUAAGGCAGACCUCUGGAGUACUGUCGUUAAGAAUAGCAAGCAUCAGGACGCCUGGACAUGGGGCGGCAUGCUGGUGGUGUCGGUGUCGGUGUGCGGGCUGGUGACGCUGGCGGCGAUGACGCAGCCCUCGCUGACGCCCGAGGCCAAGCACUCGCUGCUGCAGUACGUCACCGGAAAGUACUUACACCCGCCCAGCUGCAAGGUGGAGUGGGGUUGGCAGGAGCCAUAUUUGUAG